GGCCUCCCUGUCCUCAUGUGGGGAGGCGCCGUCUGGGACCUGGGGGUGGGAGGCAAGAUCCAUGAGGUUGGAGAUGUCCACUGUGGCCCUGCCUGCAGGUCAGUGGCUGCUGGUUUCUCGCUGUGCUUGCUCCUCCCUCCCGGGAGCCGCAGGGCAGGAAAACAUUGCUGCCCUCACCGCCCUGCCUCUUUCCUUCUCCUCCCUGUGAAAGCUGCUGCGGGGCCCCGCGUCCCCCUGUCCUCUGCCGUCACCCUCGUGGUGUCACCGUCCCAGCGUCACUCUCCCGGCACAGAGCGGCAGCGUGUUAGCCGGAUGGCCGAUCCAGGCCCCUACCUGCGUCAGCCCUGGCCCACAGUGCACGGCAUUCCCAUGGUCAACGCCUUCACCUACAACUGGGAACGUGUCGACACCUUCCAGAGUCGCCCUGAGGACAUUGUGGUGGUCACCUUCCCCAAAUCUGGCACCACCUGGGUCAGCGAGAUUGUGGACAUGAUCCUGCAAGGUGGAGACCCUGAGAAGUGCAAGCGGGACAUUAUCAGCAAGAGGGUGCCCAUGCUGGAGUUCUCUGCCCCUGGGAAGAUACCAGCAGGGACAGACCUGCUGGCCACCAUGCCCUCACCCCGUGUGGUGAAGACCCACCUGCCGGCAGAUGUCUUGCCAAAAUCCUUCUGGGAAAACCGCUGCAAGAUGAUCUAUGUGGGGCGCAAUGCCAAGGAUGUGGCCAUUUCCUACUACCACUUCGACCUUAUGAACAAGUUACAACCACACCCUGGGACAUGGGCCCAGUACCUGGAGGAGUUCAUGGCUGGCAGAGUGGCAUAUGGCUCCUGGUACAACCACGUCAAGGGCUACUGGGAGAGGAGGAAGGAUCACCCCAUUCUCUACCUCUUCUACGAGGACUUGAAGGAGGACCUCCGCCGGGAGAUUGCCAAGGUGGCCCAGUUCCUGGGGCAGGAGCUGUCGGAGACGGCACUGGACACCAUCACGAGACACACUUCCUUUGAGGCCAUGCGGGACAACCCCACCACCAACUACAGCAAGGUGCCCUCCGACCUCAUGGACCACAGCGUGUCCCCCUUCAUGCGCAAAGGCACCACCGGAGACUGGAAGAACCACUUCACCGUGGCCCAGAACGAGCGCUUCGACCAGGACUACGCGCAGAAGAUGUCGGGCACCGACCUGCGCUUCCGCACUCAGAUCUGAGGAGACGCUGCCAGACACCUCCCAAAUCCACCCCAUGCUGGAGGCACUGCUCCCACACCAGGGGCUGCUUCCCCUCCUCUGGGACUGCUGGAGAGAAAUAAAAUGUGGUCCCUGAC